AUGUACUCCCGGAACAAGGAUACCCAUGCCCGCAAUGUGGCCGUGUCGCAGUCCACGUCGUCUCUUUCGUCCUCGUUGUCCUCGUCCGUCGAAUCCUCUACGCUCUUUCCCGCAGCAACCCCCUCCAAUUCCAGCCAGUCCGAUAUAGCAACCUCCGAUCGCUCCGUGGCCUCGCUGACCACCUCCAAGUCCCGCUUCUUCCCUCUCUCCAUCGCUCCUCGAUCCACCACCACCAUGGGGCAGGCCACCUCUCAGGUUCCGCAGAGCGUCCCCGCGUCCCCAACCUCGGCCUCCAGCGCCGGCAACAAGUUCAAGCGUGCUUUCGCAGGCCGGCGCAAGAAAUCUCAGGACAUCACUGCCUUCCUCGCUGAUACCGAGGGGCCCACACGCAGCGGCAAGGAGCGUGAGCCCACCGAUACUUCCAGUGUGGUCUCUCCGCCAUCGGUGUCCGACCACUCGCAUCGCACGGUCGAUUCCACUUCCCGCCACUGCAAGGAUCUCAGUGUUAACAUUGCGCCGACCAAGUUCAGUGUCUUUGGCAAGAAGGUCGGUCAGUCCCCCAAGUCUCCCAAGUUCAGUGGGUCCCCUCCACUAGCAUCGCCACCGCCCCCGUUGCCACCCAAGUCCGUCACAUUACCGGCUCAGAACAAGGCGGCACUGGCAUCUGUCUCCGGAGACAGCCAUUCUACAGAACAUCCACUCCCGCCACCACCGUCACCCCCGAAACUGUUCCUGCAGGUCACUGCGGAGCGUCUGAAGACGGCACUGCCCGCGACUCCGAGUGAUGGUGCGAGUAAAACGGAGGGACCAGUCGUAGCGAAGGAGAAGCCUGCACAGGAAAGGGAGGGUGACUCGCACAAAGAGGACUGGAGGAAGAGCGACUCGACGAUGGCCAGCCACUACACUGUGCGCCCCGGGGCUCUUGCAGGCAAUCGAUCUCCGCGCCCCGUAUCACUGGCGGAAUCAUCGCACUCGGGAAACACCAUUGUCCCGGUAAACAAGCGUUUCAGCGCGAUCAUCACCGAUGCCGAGUUCUCCAUGGUGGAGGAAAGCGAGGGUUCGGAGCAUGACGAGGACAUACUCUCUCACCUCUCGAUAUCCGAGCGGGCAUCGCCAAACGGUUCGAUGAAGGCGCGAAAUCGGCGGUCAGUGUCGCUCAACUUUGGGCCGAUUUCGCCUACCAAGUCCAAGCCAAGUGUGGCGGAGCCGUCGUCGAGGCCACUUCCAAACACCCCUACGCACGCCCCCGGCCGGUUUGCCAGCGACCCGCUACCGGCGCACGACGCUCCCACACUCACUCGUGCCGCGGCAACCGGCAUCAUAGCACCUACGAAUUCAAGCAGUACUACACAUACCACGACGGGCUUCCACAUCCGCAGCCGCCUCGCAGCCUGGACUUCUGCAUCAUUAGCACCUUCAUAUCCGGCGCAGAAUGAGAGUGCACCCCCGUCUUCCUUCGCACAGCCCAGACGACCUUCUGCCACUCCUAGUGGCCAGCCGUUCUUUAGACAGACUGCAGUCAGUAUGACUGGCAGUCUCGCUCCUACUGCCGGCAUCGCAAAGGGCCUUGGGAAGCGUGCAGUAGAGAAGGUUGGCCGUGUGUGGGGCGGAUUCAGCUCGGGCGCGUCGACUGCUUCCGGGUACUCGUCCUCAUCUUCCAUGGGCCGUUCGGAUACCUCGCUCCGCCCAACGCCCUCUUUGGAAUCCAAUGCCACGCAGCCCAGUAUGAGCGAGAAGCGCAAGUUCAGGCGUCGCACGGGCCACGCAUUCUCCGGUGCAGCAAGCAUCAGCUCGACGUCGUCCUCUAUAUCAGACGCUGACCACUUCGUCCCGACGAGUCCCAGUCUCGGCACACGUCUUCGUGGAUCGCGCCUCAGCAGCGCUGGGGCACCCGUCGCCGGUGGUCUCGUCUUCCGAAGAGACCUCAAGGAGUGUGUGCGGGAGACUGCGAUCGAUGCUGUACGCUUGUCGAUGUUGAAGGACUCCGAUGACGUCGAUAGUGGCAUAAGGCCACUGGAGGAGCGCUGGUUGCCUGCGCUCGCAGUGCGGUGCGCGCAGCAUUUGCUGAAGUGGGGCGUGCAGGAGGAGGGCCUGUUCCGCGUAAGCGGACGUUCCUCUCAUGUUGCGAAGUUACGUUCCGAGUUCGAUGUCGGUGGCGACUACGAUAUGGCCAUCUGUGAUCCCGGAGAUCUCGAUCCGCACGCAGUGGCCUCCAUCUUUAAAACAUAUCUUCGUGAACUACCUGAUUCUAUCCUGACGUCUGCACUCAUCCCAUACUUUGAAUCCGCCAUGGUGGCCGAAGAGCAGGCUAGGACUAGCAUCGACUCAGAGACCUCAAGGGUCGCGGGCAAAGUAGGACCGUCGUUAUCGUCGGGUCCACAAGGCGGUCUUCCCGCCCUGCGCAAGCCACCAUCGCUGUCUACGCUCGCAAUGCCAAGCUUCGCGACGAAGCGCAAUGUAUCGGAAUCGCUGCUGAACGCGCUCACCUGGCUCAUUGCUCAGCUGCCCCGUGAGAACCGCGACUUGCUAUACACCGUCGUUCAGCUCAUCAAGGCCACUGCUGACCAUAGCAAGGAGACGAAGAUGCCCAUGGGGAACCUCUUAUUGGUUUUCUGCCCGAGUUUGAACAUGAACCCGAAUCUGUUGCGUGUACUCUGCGAGGCCGACUGCAUCUGGAACGGUGUUCCAAAGCCUCCCGUCGAGAAUGUUAUCAGCAAGGUGCCUGAAGAGUCUGAGAACGAAGAGGUGGAAGGUACACCCUCUAUCAAUGCCUCUGUCAUUUCGAGCAGCAGUAUGACCUCUGGAGAAGUGUCGUCUAGCGGAGAGCCCACCACCGAAGACGAAGCUUGGACAUUGGACACUCCCGAAGGUUCCUUCAAGGCACCUGCAGAUGAUAUUCUUGAAGUGGCAGUUUCGGAACCAGACCAAAAGUCUGAACAACCCAUCACCCGUAUCUCAGCGAUGUCUGUCAUGAAGGAUGACGACGCAUCUUAUGUCUCUGCACAGGAGAUUCUUUCUGCUGUCCCUACUCGCAGUCCCAGUCCUGCUGUCUCCGGUCCACAUAUUCCUCCCCUUUUGACUUCAUCUGACUCAUCAUCCUCUUCCUCGACUAAUUAUGAGGAUCCUGUUUCGCCCCAGUUACCCUCAUCCGAAGAUGCUGCUGUAACAGUUAUACCAUCGUCAGAGGACAGUGCGUCCGCUGCUAUGAACUCUUCACGAUCGUCUGAUCCCCUCCGACCUUUCGUACCGUUCCCGUCUUCUGGUAGGGAGUCUCCCGCGCGUACCAUGACCCACCGAAAAUCUUUCACACUUCUCUCGUUCCCCCAGAUAAGAACCGCUAGUACUGAGUCUAGUGCUCCGAGCGCCUCGUCUUCGACGUGGCCUGCGCGGACGAAGCGACCCUCGUUGCACCUGCUUUUUUCCAAGUCAGUCUCGCGGCUGGUUUCUCCGACCAGUGGACCGCCCUUGACGGCAGCCUCGGUACCCACUCUCGCGCUGACUACGGAGUACGGUGAGACAUCGCGAGCUGCCUUCCCGAGCAGCUCGCUUUCUCCACCCGUGCUGGACACGUCCAUCUCAUCCUCGCCUAUCUACCUUGAAUUUGACGACCUGGUCAGCCAUGUGCGGAGUAACAAGGAAGAGGAUGUCUCCAAACCUUCUGGCGAAGCAGCGGAGUCGCAGCAACAGCUCCUGCACACGCACGUACGCGCGGAUUCGUACGCGCCGUCGGUGUACACAACACCAAUGGGCAUGACUCCAAGAGAGACGCCCAUCGCCGACUUCUAUCAGAACCGCUCGAAGUCGUUGAUUUCCUUCCACGGGGAAGAGCAUGUUUCCCCUGUGACGCGGGCGCGGUCGGAGUCCGCCGUCUCACAGAUCAUAGCGACGCCUUCCAUUCAGAUUGGCGUUGAGGCGCCGGAGGAUUGGGCGCAGAGCGUGUUACUCGCCGCGCGGGGCGAGUCUAGUGCUGGAAAAGGCUCGGAGGAGGUUGUAGCCUGA